AUGCAAGCACAAAACCCGCAACCCAAUGUCCCGAACGGUCCUACCAUUCUUAACCUUCCCCUUCCAGGCGGCAAGCAAGCCCCACCGAAGUUUACUGGUGACGCCAGUCAGGUCGAGGACUUCCUGGAUGCAUACGAAAGGUUACUCACCUACUAUAGUAUCACCAGUCCCCGAGACCGAUGCCGGUCUGUCCUUCGGUAUGUAUCCCGUCGUGUCCGCGAAGUUAUCGAAGCCCUCGAUACCUACCAGACCUCCGACUGGACUGGUUUGAAGGCCGACAUCGAGGAGUUGUAUGAUGCAGAGCUGUACAAGACAAGAUACAAGAAGAAGGACUUAGUCGCGUACGUGAAUCGAACUCGGAAGAGGAAGAUGAAUACCUUAGCCAAGUGGCGAAAGUAUUCACGCAACUUUGUAAGGAUAGCGGGAUGGCUGCGAAGCAAGGAAAUGAUCACGGCGAACGAAGAAAAAUCCUACUUCUGGGUAGGAAUAGGGCGCCGACUCCGUCACCUAAUCGAGGAUCGGUUCCUUGCUCGCCACGCGGACCACGACCGCCGAAAUCCCUAUCCAAUGGACGAAAUCAAAAAUAUCGCGGAAUCACUGUUACAGCGCGGACGUUUUGAGGAAGCGUACUUACCUUCCGAUGACGAAGAUCUCGAGACCGACUGGUCUGGAGAAUCCGAGAGUGAUUCAGAAGCGAGUGAGGACGAAGAUGAUGAUGACGUCGAGGUCAUCGAGACAACGCGGAGGAAGGGAAAGCGAGUGACGAAGACUCGCCACGUGAAGCAUCGUAGCCAGAAAUUGGGAGGCUACGACUCCGACCGAGAGGACCGUUUCGACAAAGCAGAAGCUCUAAACAGGAAGAACAAGUUAGAGACUCCUCGAGCGCGCUUCAAACGAACGGAACAAGACGAUGUAGCGGAUAUGAUUAAAAAACUUAGCAACAUGAGCAUCUCUGGCUCUGUUCAUCUCGACCCCCGCUAUGCGCAGCUAUAUUAUAGCGCGAUCAAAAUCGAUCCGGAUGUGGCGAAGGUGGUACCUUCGCCCGAAACGCUCGCAGUUCGAGCCCAAGCCUCCCAGUCGCAGCCGCAGAAUGUCGCAUCACGGCCAACCCAGCCAUCACGCAUGGGUAUGCCGAUGAGUGCGCCUCCUCCACGUCCCCCGAUGGGAAGACCUCCAAUGCAACCGGGGACUUGUUACGGUUGCGGAAUGAGCGGGCAUAAUCUGUCGACCUGCGGUAAGCUGAUCGUCGAGCUGAAGGAGGGAUUGUUGGCCAAGGAUGCGAGAGGGCGAAUCACUCACGGAAACGGCGUUGCUAUUAUGCGCAGUAACGGGGAGUCGAUCUUGCAAGCCGCUGAACGAGAUCGAGGGAAUGGAAUUGGCGGAAGAGCGAGCGUGGUAGCAGCCGCAUACGCUGCGAGACGUCGACGAGGGUUCACCAAUCUGCAGGACCAAUACGAGGUUGGUAACGAGAAUAACGAAGAGUGGGAAGGGAAUUACACACCUCGGAAACGCUACACCUACGACCACGAAGCCGACGUGGCGGCCAAUUAUCUUGUCACUAUCGAGGAGGCAGAGGAAGAAUCCGAGAACGACGUGUACCAUGUACGCGUGGACCCCGAAUACGAAGAAGAUGAAUCCGAAUACGAAGUGUACGCGGUGGAUAAGUCUGCAAAGGUUUCGAAAACAGCCCGCAAGUUAGUAUUCGACGGAGUACUCAUGCCUCCUCGAAAUGCUAGACUGAAUAAACGGGAACCUCACCUUGAUGCGCGAAGCAAGGAGAAAGAAAAUAGAAACAUCAACGAGCCCCGUACGGGCCAAGCAGCGCGUAUCCCAGGAGAGAAGGGGACGCACCCUCGUACUAGCAACCCGAGCACGGCUAAACCGGGAGUAGCGUUUGCACCCACUCCCAUCGUGCCACAUCCCGUCGAAGUCCCAAAAGCCUCAGAACCUGAACACGCAGGUCGACCGUAUACGCGUAGCCAGCCCGAGAGAGUUCGGGAACCAACGCCACCGCCUCCCGUCCGCAAAGCACCUCAGGAGUGGCUGAACUCACCUAAGUUCACGCAAAUCCAGCCUCACACCGUACGCGGAGCCCCAUUUGACCCAGACGAUAGCGAUAUCAUAAUGAGCAAUGGCGAGAAUUCGCUGGACGAGAAGGAUGACGCACCUGAUCCUAAUAUCUCUUCUACCUCCAGGAACCUCGAGGCGGCCAAGAAACGCGAAGCAAGACAUCCGAAGGCCCAGGGAAAACACGAGCGAGAGGGGGAGGCGUUGAGUGCACAGCGCCGUGUGAAGCGGUCGGCGCUAUCCUCGAAAACGAAUCCCACGACGGUGUUGCAGCAAUUGUUAGAGACUCCGAUUGAGAUGAAGUUGGGCGAGAUUCUGGGAACGUCGAAGGAGAUGGCGAGCCUGUUGAGCGAGAACCUGAAACCGAAACCGUCAGUACGCGAAGAACGAAACAAGGAAGUGGCGGUAAUGGAAGCGGAAGUCUUACCACGAACAAUGCACAGCCCGCUAAUCAAGGUCCAGUUGGCCUGUAACGGUAAUCCUCUCAACGGGAUUAUUGACACAGGGUCCCAAAUCAACAUCGUCCGAAGAGAUGUGUACGAAAAAUACAUACCGUACCCGGUGAAACCGGACUCGACGCUACCCAUCCGAGACGCAAACAGCAAUCAGGGGUUGCUGGUCGGAUUGGUGCAACAAGUCCCGUUGCAGUUUGGGGCGGUACGCACCAGCGCGGACCUCUGGAUUGGAGACAAGCUCCCGUUCGAGCUCCUGCUAGGGCGCGAGUGGCAGCGCGAGAACCUAGUGUCAAUAGAUGAAAGACUCACCGGUACGUACCUCACCUUCCGGGACGAAAAUGGGCACCUAGCGUAUGAAGCCGCAGUAAGUCAGGAACAAAAUGGAAGGAGACUCACCUACAGCAUAGAGGCUCAACCUCGUCAGCCAAGAACGAGGCUCGCGUCGGCGGCAGCCUACUUCACGCAGAACAAUAGUGCAAACGCGUUUGGUCUAGAAAGGCAAUCGGCGAUUGCCGGUUCGGAUGCUGUGGUCUCCGAAGCGCUCGUUUGUUCGACUUUCGUUCCCAACGCGCACGCUUGGCCUCGCUCUGUAUCUCUCAUGUCUUACGGGCCCGCACCCUCUCAGGUACAACCCGACGCCGUACGACUCUCGACGCGGCCUGCGAUCUCGUCUGGAUCCGAAAAUGUUGUAGCGUCGACGGCGCGGAUUAGUUAUCAAACGCGUCUGCUAUCGACGAUUCCCCCGGUGCUCGGUGUAGCCCAGAACGGUCGACAUGUACGUGCAUAUGUUGAUUCCAACUCGCGCUGGAACCUCACCUCGUCUCGUUUCUGGUAUGAAAGCAUUCGAGAGCCGCUUAUGCCUUACACCGGCACGGAUGGGCCUCCAAACACGGGCACUCGCCUUGUCCUAGGCUUUGUACGCAACGUCCCCAUCCAAGUAGGGCGAACAAUGACCGAAGACGAAUCCCUCCUCAACAUCCAUAGGCCUUCCCGGAUGGAUCUUACAAGGUACGAGGUCCUAGUACGGCAAGACAUGAACCCUAACUGGACGCUAACGCACCCUACGAUUGCUAUGCGAUCCAUUUCUAUGACUGAUUCUGCACCACCCUCGAACCUAAACCAUCACCAUCCAGCAAAUUCGUCGCCCGCUUCUCAGGCACACAGCCGUGACAAUAGACACCCUGCGCAAUCGUACGCGCCAGCGGCAGCCGACGAAUCUGAACGCACGUCCCCCACCUCGACCACCCAUCGCCCCUUCCCCUUUGUCGAAUCGGCAGAACGAAGUACGCUCCGACCACCGGAUGACGUGUCAUACACGCCUCACGCGCAUCCAGCAGUCACUCUGCGUCAUCCACGGGCGGGAUCGGCACCGGCUGCAACCACGACCGAGGCUCCUUCGCACGUCUCAACCGCUGCACACGAUGAACGCAUGGACGAAGCAGCCGUGACACCAACCCCUGAAACCUUAGCAAGAACGGUCGGGGCGGUAGAAGUUACGGCGGGCGGUUUGAGGGAGCAGAGAUCCCAGGUGAGCCCAAUCCCCGUAGUGACACCAGCGCAAUCGUUGAACGGUACGGACUCGGAUCUGACCACAGGCGAUGAACAGUUCGAACAGACAUCCACACGUAACAUUCUAGACGAGAGGUACUCCCUCCCAUCCGUAUACGGUGCGUCACCAAUAUGGAGCCAUAUACACAGCGCGAGACUCGGAACCACAGCGAAGACAGAUUCUGACGGACCUUUUGCAGUAGCAUCUCUCGUCAUUGAACAAGAUGACGAGCGGCCCCGCGAAAUCGCACUCGGUCACACGCAAACGGGGACCCUUGAUAUGGAAGGGAAGAGACAGGGUCUUGGUGAACUUAAACUGUUCACUAAGACACCUUUGUCCUACCGAACCUCGUGGAACGAUGAGGUCGAGCGACGCUCUCAUCGGGUACGUCGUACUACUGCGGAAAUUUUGCAGUUUGGCUCAAUACCAUCCCCUGCAAUGAAUUUCGCAGCCGAGGACGAGGAAAUGCCACUCGAACCCUUACCAGACAAGCUCCUUUCGACCCCAAAACAACAUCGUUCGGCCCUUCGAAUGUCCACUCUCGCUACCGAUCCCCUCUCGACACACUCUGACUCCCGUCACCCCACACUGGAUUCCUCAACGCUCGAAGCCGCGCGCAGCUUGCUUAGCCUUUCGACGCCGCGUGAGACGACAUUGUCGUGGGUGUCAUCAUCGCCUCCAACACCCUCGAAAAUUUCGCUGAUAACGAACGCCGCAGAACCUCAGCCGGUGAGUAGCACCUCUAUUCAUCUUGACUCCCAUCGCUCGAACGCGCCUGAGAACCCUCCAACUCACGAACAUAUAAAUACAGGACCUUCUUCGCCCCGUCCUGAUUUCUUCUCAACGCCGUUCGUAUUUUCUGUGUCCACCGACGACGACGACGCCUCGUACCACACGGCCUCUAGUGAGUUAAAUUCGUCCAUUGCUCAGCGAGACGAGUUCGUUAAUCACGACGACAUUUUCGAAGACCCGCCUUUGCAAGACUCUCCUCGUUUUGACGAGAAUUUACCUAGUCGCCCACAGACUCCAAGCAAUACCGACGAUUCCGAGCCGUCGCAGCAGUUCAACGCCGCUACGGAUACACAGCACGAGUUCGUAUAUUUUCGUACUCUUUCUUCUCGCCGGUCUCUGUAUGAUUUCGAACCGCAACCCGAGCUUGUAAGCUCUCGGGUUCAUCGUACUGUCAUGAACGUUAGCAAUCGAGUACGGCAAAAUGAUCUUGUUUGCCAAGAUCUGUGCGAGCUGUCCUUAGGCAGUCUUGCGGCGUUACCACUGCAGGUGGGACGAGUAGGGGAAUACGGGUUCCUCGAUGCUGUCGCAGCUAACGCGACACUUUUAUUUCGUCCUACCAACGGCGACGAACCCGUAAUACGUCACGGCGAUGUUCACCUACGCAUAUUUCCUCCUUUUCACCCAACGCUAAUGCCUCCUCUUUAUCCGCAGCUUCGCUCCCAGAAUUCCGUCGUGUUGGGACCGAUGCCUCUUUCUUCUAGGGCCGAAUCUAUUUCAGUAUCUAGUUCAGGAGACCAAGGAGAAUUUGAAGCAGAAGAGUUUGAACGACCUGCCAGCAGCCCACGCCCAUCAGCUGGUAAAACGAGCACCGCCGAAGCCACCCCACCGACGAUCGUCGCAGAAUCGAUUCCGACCGCGCACAGUCCCGUUACGUCCACUAGACCUCCGACACCCUUCCCUCACCUCGAAACCUCCCCCACUCGCAACAUUAUAUCCCUCCAGAAUUUAAACGGGCCAUUUCCGUCGAAACGCCAACAUGCCUAUUCCCCGACCGAUGACUCCGGCGCAUCCGUGCCCGGAGAUGCCUCCACCAAAUAUCCGUCGUCCCACCCCCCCCUAUCGGCCUCCUUCGAGGACACCACCCACUGCACCGCGCGCUAUGCGACUCAUCCUGAAGGACCUAUCCGCGAAGCAUCCGGGCCUGGAAACGAGGCUGAGGACUGCAUCGACGUCUUCUCCGUCGACUCCGCCACGUUGGCCUAUCCCGAUGAACCGUCCGCCGGUUCGUCCUCCACCUCGUACCACUACAAUGGAUACGAACUUCGGUACGCCAUCGAGGAGAUUCAGUCCUUACCAAGGCCAGUUCCCUGGGCAUCUUCCCCACUCCGCGAGUCUUGGUCGCCAGAGAUCGAGUCUGAACCAGAGGUGCCGAUGGUUGGAGUCAUCACCGUACCAGAGCAGGAACCCAGUAACGACACCGAGGAGGUAUCUCGGCUCAGAACCGACACCUUACCACCCCCUACACUCGUCCUUACCGCCCCUCAGCCCUCCGACGACACCCUUCAUCUUGUCGAUGCCAACCGCCCCUUGGUCGACUUCCUCAACCCGACCCUUGUCUCCACUGACACCUUCCGAGCGGAGGAGUUUGGACGCUUUCUGGCAAGCCUGCAACCCGAGGAGGCAGCCCACGCGCUCGUCGCAGCACUCAGCCGACUCUACCCAGUUCAUCACCCCGCCCGCAGCGACUCCGCCGCCUCUUCCCAUUCGUCGCAGAACCCCGCCGAACCUUCGCCAGCUCUGCCCGCAGCAGUAUCGAGCGACCCAUCCGCUAGCCCCUCGAGUCCUGAACAACCAGACGAGUCCGGCCGAUGCCUCUUCAUGCCAGACUUCCGACCCUCGCCUUCGUACACGCCAGUCGACGUGAUGCUCACCACGAGCGGCACUCGACUUGUCCACGAUUUUCGGGAAUUGAAUCAUAGCGGGCAGUUGAGUCGGGGAGAUGAGAUCUACGGGAGGGUGGCGCUAAUGGGGUGUCCGACGCCGCCACAUUUUCAGGAAUUCCUGAAUUGGUGUACGACGCCGGCGCCACCCAACUCGCCACAAGAUGUUCCUCAGGAUGUAGAAGGUAUGUGGUUUCGAAAACCUAACGGACAACUCGACGCUAAUAAAUUGUCGCGGGUGUAUUGCCCAGGGGAGAUCAAUGAUAUGAUCCUCGCCGCCGCUGAGCGAGGAAGAGACAACAACAACCACAGUGGUGAGUCGCACUACUCUACCUUUCGAAUGAAUGUCGAUGGGUUUGCUGAACGGGCUCCCGAUCGUAACUCUCCCUCCAAUGAUUCCUUUUCCUCUAUGCCAUCCCUCGAAACGCCACCCUUUUAUCCAGAACGUAUCUACGACACCGAAAACGAGUCCGAAAAUGAUCCCGAAAUUCCUAUUCAACCCCAAACUCUCGAAUCUGCGCCUCUUUCUCCCGCUUCACCACCUGCUAGCCCUCCCCGUCUUCCGACACCCCCACUUCCGAUGCAGGAGGACCCGUCCACCUCGACCACCGCCGUUCCGUCACCUCGUGACUUCUACCCGGACGAUGAUCCACCGUAUCCCGUUCAUGAAGUCGGCUUCACCAACGUCCUCCGGCUCUCCCUCCCCUUCGACGCACGCACCCAGGAGUAUGAUCUCCCUAGGGCAAAAAGGGCGCUCGACAAUAUCGUCCGGCUCGGAGGGCGUGUAAUCGAUCCUCGAGAAGUCGACUGCGACGUCGUGGAACCUAGCCAUUACAAUAAGCUGUACCCCGGCACGAACGACCCCGCCAUGGUUUGGAUCGCCGACGAGAUCGUUCGUCACGAGAAUGGCUGCUACUAUGCCGCGCAGAUGCUGUCCAACGCGGCGGUUCAGGACACGGAGUUUGGAGGUCGAGAGGACCUUCCACCAUUUAUCGCGCCUUCUCUCUCCGGUUACGAGGUGCCGGAAGAGAAGAAACUUCGAUUCAGCGAAUGCGAGCUUCCUCCUCAUCCCGACCAUCCCGACGCAGAUUGGGACGAAGACCCACACGAGUAUUUCGCCUCCUACGUCUCUCUCGAGAACUUCGGACCCGCACGUGUCGAUUACGACUUCCGGAACCCCAACUCCGAAGCCCGCAUCUUAUCCGUUUCCGCCCUCAUGGCCUACCUAUUUAUUCGCCAAGAAAUAUUCGCUCCCAUUUUCCUGUUCCUCUUCGAAGAAGUCCAACGAUGCCUCAAUCGUCGCGAACGCCCCUUCACGGACUUCCCUGACCACGAACUCCAAACGCUCUUCGCUCAUCCUCUCGUUCGACUUUACCUCGACUGGAUCCGAGUGACGACUUCCUCUACCAGCGGUUUCUGGACGGCGUCAGAACUCAUUUUCAUCGACACUCUGACCCGGUACCUUCGGUCGAUGGGGCAAAUGUCCUAUGUCCGCGUUCUCGAACUCCUUCGCUUCAGCACCGUCGCCGAUAUGCCGCUCAUUGCGCGCCUCAACAAAUUCGGAGUUCUCGACGACUCCGAGUCGCCGCGAAUUGAGAGCCUUCAGAUGUACGACAAGAAUGUGGCGGCUAUGGCUGGGCGCCUUACGAUGCUCCGCCACCAGAUGGACGAUCAGCACUUCUGGGCGAACGCCGCAAGUGAGCUGACGGAGGCGGAGGGAAGGUUUAGGGAGGAAGUAGAGGCGUCGUGGAGGGUGAUAGUGCCGGCGGAGAUAGCGAGAGAAUUAGGCGUGAGAGAAGAGCAGCGUAUGGCUGAUGGACGACGCAUGCAACCACCCGCGGUGACGGUCCCAUUCCGACUGCGCCCCGAAGCUUCUGAAGACGAAGGAAAUGAUGGUAACGUUCCCGAAGUUAUUAUCAUCGCCACUGCCGGUCCCCCUAACUCAGCCAUCGCCACGCUCUUCGGAGGAACCGGAUCCGCUGCUCCUAGUACCGCUAUCGACCACGCACCACCUCCCUACGCCCCCAACCGAAUCAUCACUCCUCCACCAACCCCAGCCGACGAAGUUGUCAACGACAAUCAUCCAUCCGAGCCCACCUCCGGCGAAACGCCACAAGAAGACUCGCUUUUACGGCCCCACUCUGCAUCGCUCUGGACGAGUCGUCCGGGAUCUGUUUUAACCUCGACCGUUCCGACUGUACUUGUUUCUGUUGCUGUUGGUUUCAUACUCGCUUCGCGUUUGCUCUGA